ACUGACAUUAGGCGACGGUCUCCUUACAUCCCCCAACAACGUGCUGGAUUGUUCUUACCCAUUUCCAGUGGUUUUCGGUAUACUCCUAAAUUAUACAAUACCCAUCACACGAAGGUUGCUUUGACAGUGAUUUCGUGCAUAUAAUAGAGAUCUUCAGAUACCAGGAUUCCUUGCGUUCGUCCUCCAUUGAAGAGUAUGGUGGUGUCAACCUGGACUGCACCUCAGAGACGAGUGGGAGCAAAACUGCUUCCACUUCCACCAUUACCCAUUGACAUAUACCUCCUCGUAUUGGAUCAAUUCGUCUAUGAGCCAGACUUACAAUCUCUCUCGGAGUAUAAGGCAUCGCUUCUCAGCCUUACCCUCGUCUGUCGGUUCUUCUGCGCCAUGGUCACCCCCAAGCUGUUCAAUGAACUAGUAUUUGACGGAGAUGAUGACUGCGAGAUUGCUAGUAUGUCAUACGGCCCGCAUAACGCAUGGUUCGAGGCAGCUUCAUCGGGAGACCAGAGUGCCUGUGCUUUGAUGAAGAAAGUAAAGAAAUUCACCCUCAGUAAUUGGAGAGAUGAGGACGAUCCGGACGAGUGGAAAGAGUCCGAGUGCGGGCUCCUCAUCCUGCGAACCUUCUCGAGAUUCUCCUCUAUAACAGAGCUCAACAUUCUGCGCACACCCAUCGCUGAUGAUUUCAUGAUUAUGGUAUACCAAUUGCCCAACCUACGUUCUCUGAACAUCAAGGAAUGUGUAUUCUUGCCAUUGGCCGACCCGUUGCCGCAGCCGAACUCAGAGAUGCUUCGCCACAGACCACUUCGCUUACGCGAACUUCAGCUUGGUCAUGUUGACAACUUCAAAUAUUAUCGCAAGUCGAUGGCGCUCUUCGUCACUACAAGCGCGCUUCGUAUACUGAAAACGUCAGAUAGCCAGUUGGCAAGGCAGGUUAUGAAGAAACAGAUGGAAAUCCCUUUGGAAUGUCUCGAGAUACCCCUGGUUCCUGGGGAUGCAUCUAUUCUGUCCGACUUCCUUAAUCGCACUCCAACCAUAACGGAGCUAUGGCUUGAGAGUGGAGGUUUCGAAGACGAUGAACCACCACCACCUGUCUUACUCGACAUUCAUCCUGAUGCGCUACCAAACCUGAAGGAACUUCACUGCCCCACUCCUACACUCCCACAACUUCUACCUAAGCGACCCGUCACUUCAGUAAACCUGGUGGAAAGUCAGGAUUGGAUGUUCGCCAAAUGCUACGACAAUGUAGAUCUCAGUCCGCUCACGCCGACGAAUAAUAAUUCGCAUCUACAGGAACUCGUGGUACCAUAUGCGAUGUACUCCGAAUUGCCUUUAUAUGAGUUCAUCCCUAAGGUCGAUACUUUGGUCGUCUGUUUGCCUCUUGUUUUGUCUGCCUUGCCUUGUCGUGGGGUACGUAACGGCUUUCGCCUUUUCAUCAAGAACUUACUCUGUUAUAUUUGUCAUUGCGACCGUAGAUCCUCAGAGCGCUUUGCACAGUGCACGAGCGCAAACCUAUCAUGCGACAUCUCAAGCUCCUACCUUUCGGAGGGAUCAACGUCGUCUGGGCAUUCGAUCUCGUCUUCCAACAUCAACUCAUCGUUGACCUCCUCUCACCCUCUUUCCCCUCCGCCACCGCCAUCUCUCUGAACGAAGGUGUGGAAUGGCGUUGUGACCCAGACACGAAGAAAUGGAAGCCUGUGAUGCUAGCUCCAGAGCUAUACCGUUCAUUGUUGAGUGCUGGAGAACAGCCGUUCUGGAUGAUGGUGAAUGCUACAGAUUUCGAGGGGCUGUUCAUAGGCUUAUUCAAGGAGGAGGACCUGACUGCGGAAAUACUGCAUCGGUUGGGGUCAUGUGAGGCGUGUGCAAGUGCCGAUGUAGAUAAUGCAGCCCGUCUUGGUAGUCCCGAUGGUUCAGUGGGAGUGGAGGAAUUCUUUCUUGCUACGUUUCCGCUUGCGGACGAAUAGAUGACCUAGGUCAAUUCCGUUUUGCUUUCUGUUUAGUUUAGUAUGGACUUCUGCUCUUGCCCUAAUAUUCAUAUCGUUGUUUUUGGCUCUACGUAUCAUAACUUUCUAAUUUUCUUGGAACAGUUAUAUCAUUGAGGAGGCAGAGAUCGGCUUGUGCGUAACCUGUCAAUCAUACCAAUAUGUUAGGCAUACGCCUACUCAAAGUCAGUGAUGUACUCGCUGGUUCAACUAGGCAAUAGACACAGUUAACAUU